GCGUGCGUGUGCCGUGGGAUCCUUUGUGUCUGGAAACACCACAAUAUGCCCAGCAAAAAGAAAAAAUAUAACGCUCGUUUUCCAGCGGGUCGUAUCAAGAAGAUCAUGCAGACGGACGAGGAAGUCGGGAAAGUCGCUCAGGCGGUGCCAAUUAUAAUCUCUAGAACCUUAGAGUUGUUUGUACAAUCUUUGUUAACAAAAACCAUGCAGAUCACAAAUGCCAAAAAUGCCAAGACGCUCAGUCCAUCUCACAUGAAACAAUGUAUCUUGUCAGAAAGUCGAUUUGACUUUUUGAAAGAUUUAGUAAAAUCUCUGCCUGAUGUAUCAGGGCCGGAUGAUGAAGUAUCCACAUCCCCAGAGACUUCCAGCUCGUUGCAAAUAAAUGUACCAAGUGCAACUACAAUGCAGCAAUCUGAUUUGUCAGAAUAUCAAAAACAUGUGGGAGCACCAAUCAAUGCCGAGACUAAUGUAGAUAACAGAUAUGUGAAGGAUAACGGGUUGACCACAGUGUCAAACAAUUUGAGUCUUGCAAAUCAAGAUAGCAAAGUAACAGUAGGAGGACACUCGCAGAUUCCAGAAUUUCAGAUAUCAGUACCUGAACCCUUUCAAAUUAAUCAGUUGAACUUUUAUACGGAAGUUAAUCCGAGCGUAAGCAAUCAACCGACCUCAAAUUUCGCUCGCACUGCUAACAUCGAUGAAGAUUAUGAUACAUAGCAAUAUCACAAAGUCUAGAAAGUUGAAACUUAUUUUGUUAACACAUUCGAGACCCAUGACUCAGCAUAUGGGUCGUGCAAUUCCUCACCGUUUAGUCGAUGACUCAGCAUGUGAGUCAUGUCAAUGAGCAUGUGGACCAUGUCGGAUUCUGAGGAUAGUUUUGUUAGAAUGUUGGUCUCAAAUGUGUUAAAUAUGUUUUACACGCACGAUUAGCUGAAGACAAAUGCUGCGAUAGCAAUAAAAAAAUAUUCUUCAGUUCGGCAUUUAAAGUCAACCAGGACUUUGAUUCUAAUCGUUUGAGCCAUUGUUUUGAAUUUAUCCUUUAAUGCUCAUAUUAUUUGUAAAGUCUUGUUUGACACUUUCAAAUUGACAGUUGUUUAUUUGCUCAUAUAUGUUUUCCAAAGAGUCUCAGAACUGUGUAAAUUAAUCGGUGGGAGAUUAUUUGUUGUUAAAGCAAAUUUUAAAUUGAAGUUUAUAACGCACAGUGUAUUUUUUAUUCUCGAAAAUAGUGAUAACGUGUAAACGAACGUCUUUUAAUUACCUUUUAUGGUAAUAAUGUCUUCUGCAUCGUUCUAUAUACAAUAUUACGUAAAAUAUGAAACUCGUUAAAUUUAGUUUUUCUAUUGAGACAUUUUGUAUAAAAUACAUGUUUGCCUUUUUGCGUGUAUGUGUGUAUGCAGAAUGUUUUUUCUAUACUGAAUGUCAAACUGUAUAUUCAACGUGAAAAUUGCACUUAGAAAAAAAAUUCAUUUUUUGACUAUGUGGUUUUUUUUCUUUGUGUGACUUUCAGUCUUGAAACAUCUUGUACACACACACACACACAUACACCUACCAUUCUCAAAUGAUGUAGUAACACUUUGAUUAUCAUGCGUAUUCAUUUACUCAACAAUUAGUUUGUAAAUAAUUUUUUUUUCUACCGAUGAAAAAAUCUAGAAUAACUACCAUAGUAAGAGUAUCCACAAUUGAUUAAAAUUACUACAAUUUACACACAAUAAUAUAUAAAAAUUUUGUAUAUAUAAAUAUUUGUGAAACUAGAUCACUGAUAUUACAAACGGCACGUAGUCAUUGUGUUAAAACAUUAUUAGAAACGUGUGUGAUUGAUAGUCUUAAUAGUGUGGUUCAUAUGCUCAUAUAGCGUAUCUAAUCGUGAACUCGUCUCUGAUGUUAUUGUUCAUACAAAGUACGAUUGUAUCAUAAUUUGUCAGCAACUUUAGAAGAAACACGUGUAAGAAAAUAAAAAAUUUUAUUGAGCUUGUACGAUUGUAUCAUAAUUUAUCAUCAACUAACUUCAGAAGAAACACGUGUAAGAAAAUAAAAAACUUUAUCGAGCCUGUAAACACUUUUGCAUUUAAUUGAUUGAUUAUGUUAAAUAAGAUAUCAAUUGUAUAUUUUUUUAUUUGCAUAUUUAUAAUGUAUAUCGUACGAAGUUAUAAAAUUUUUUUUCUUUACCACUUACAAUUCCUCUGAUUUAAUCGAUUUAUCGGAAUCAAAUGUAUUUGUCUGGAUAAUGUAAUAAGUUCUCAAAAUGAAUAAAGCUCUUUAUUAGAAAUUACCAGAAAAUUUUACCGUGUAUUAAUAAUGGCUAAGUAAUUCCUUUUAUGUGCAUAUUAAUGUAAUGCGCAACUCUGCAUAAAUAUACGUCUCGCAGAUGUAGUAAAAAGUUAAGGAACGUGUAUAUCUAGACAAAUAUAAAAA